GGCGGUAGCGCACGUGGCAACCCCCCGCGUUUCCUUGCCUCCCAUCCACCGGACCCCGUCCUGCGCUUCACUUUGUUUAGGGAGGGGCUGCUCACUGCUCAUUGCUCAUUGCUCAUCGCACACUGCUCAACGCUCAUUGCCCUAUAUCCCACCCAGCCGCAGGACUCCACUGCCGCCCGCGCCCCGCCCCAUCUGGCCGCUUGCGCGCCCCAUCCCCCCUCGAUGGGGCCCGCCCACACCGGGGCCUCCCCCCUCCCGCCCACUGCUUUCUCAACGGCCCCGAGCCGGGGCUGCCCUCAUUGCAUACAUAGCUGCCUGGCGCAAGGACCAACCAAUGGAACAGCGAGAGGCAACACAAAAGCAGGAGAUGUUUUCGUCAGAGCAGCAGCAGGGGAACAGGGCGUGACUCUCAUCGUAAAGUUCAGGGUCCAAGGCGGAGCAGCGUUUGCAAAUGGCGACGUCAACCUGCGAGCCCAGAUCCGGGCCUUUGUGGCUCAGAUCUCGGGCAACGGCAUCGCAGCAGGGGCUGCGACGUUCGCUGGCGCCUUGACCGACAAUGUGGUGCCACCCUGUAGCGACCAGGCGGGGGUGUGGGCGCCGAUGCAGGUCACUACAGCCACCGCAGCCAUCGCGCAGGCGGUCAAGGCGAGCUUGACGGCAGCGCUGACAGCUGGCGGCACAUCAUCCGCAGCGUGGACUGCCACGGUUGGCUCGCUGGCUGACCCCGCUGGCGCGGCGUGCAUGACCCCGGUGGCGACGCAGGCUACGGUGCAGCUGCUGCCCGACAGCAUCACGAGCCCGCCACCUCCUCGCCCGAAGCCACCAAAGCCGCCCCCGCCGCGGCCCAAGCCGCCCCCGCCACGGCCCAAGCCGCCUCGCCCGCGCCCGCCUUCUCCCCGUCCGCCCAAGCCGCCGCCGCCGAGGCCCAAACCACCGCCCAGGCCCAAGCCGCCCAAGCCGCCGCCGCCCACGCCACGCCCCCUUAGCCCCGUUUCGCCUUCAAGCCCCGUAUCGCCUUCAAGCCCAACCAGCCCAACCAGCCCAACCAGCCCCUACUCGCCUACCAGCCCAACAACCAGCCCCUACUCUCCCACCAGCCCCUACUCGCCGUCAAGCCCCUACUCUCCCGUCACCCCCUACAGCCCCCUCCCCCCCAGCAGCCCCUAUGCCCCUCUCUCGCCCUACGGUCCCCUGCCGGUGUCGCCGUACCCGAUUUCACCUUAUGGUGUCAGUCCCAGCCCCUCGCCCUACGGCCCUGUCGCCAGCCCCUCGCCAGCGCCCUUGGGGCCAUCACCGGCGCCUUUUGGCCCGUCGCCGGGGCCCUUUGCGCCGUCGCCGGCGCCGUUUGGGCCGUCGCCGGCGCCCACUCCCGGGCCUGGGCCCGGACCGGGCCCCGGCCCCAGCCCAGGACCCGGCCCGGCCCCCACCCCCGGCCCAGCACCCCAACCACCCCCGAUGUGCAUGGCAGAGCCCCUGUGCAAAAUAUUCAUUGCAGAUAGCCAGUGCUGUAGCGGCUACGGCAUCAUCCAGCACGCCGCCGUGCGCAUGUGGCUGGUGUGCAACGCAGACGUGUACCUGCCGGAGCCUACCUGCCUGACGGUUGUGGACACCAGCACCAACGAAAUCAUCCCUCCCCUUGACCCCAACAACCCAGACCCGCUCAACUCCGUCAACACAUCUGUGGUGGAAACGCCAAACGCCCGAGCAGAGGAGCUGCUGGUGGAGCUGCCCCUGGCAUACUAUGUAGCGCCGGUCAGCCGCGUGCCUGGCCAGCUUGCCGUGCAGCUGGAUUUCGAGCGGACGAGGAUGAAUGAGGAUGGGCAGUGCAGCCUGCGGUUGCGGGUGCCGUGCGAGUGGGAGGGGGCGGUGUAUGAGGCGGUGACCGCCGUGCAGCCCAUGCCGCUGCUGUCAGUGCUGAAUGCCAACGAGACGGCAGAGGCGGCGGCCCAGGUGGAGGACAACGCUGUGGGCGCUGACGAGCAGGGAGUCGACCAGGCACCUAUCGAGGGGGCCGGUUCCAUGCUGCCUGCGCUUCGGCGCCUGCAGGCCGCGAUGGGCCGCGGCCUCAAGGCAGAGCUCCUGACUGGGUCAGGCGCGAUGCCAGACCCGCUGGCGCCGCUGGGCAUCGCCGGGCCUGCCGCGGUGCUGGACCCCGAAGCGUUCUUGGCGCCAGGCCUGUUCGACUCGCGCCCCGGUUCCCGCAUGCUCAUCACACGGGUCGGCAGCGAGCUUCCCAAGGGGGAGGUGGACGAUGCCACGCUGCCGCCGCUGAUGGAUGUGCUGACGGAGGGCCUCACAGCGGACCUGCUGCUUGAAGACUACUUCAUCAGCUGGCUGCCGACCAACUCCUCGUCGGGCGAGCUGUGCCAGAUGACCAAUGCCGGCGACUUGCCAGAGUCCUUCCUGCUGGGAAACUUUGACGACCUGGUGGGCUAUGAGGAGGACUGCACCCCCGAGUCUCUGUCCGACGCCUUCACCCCCGUCGACCCUCUCUUCCAGUAGCCGCGCCCAGCUUGCGGGAUGCCAUCAGCCCCACUAGGUUGCCCAGCGGCAGCGCUAGUGGGGCUAGCUCCUUACAAAUAAUGUGAUAUGUUCUCUUUUCAUUCUUUCCUAUAUAUCCAGCAACACUGAACACGGGCGGGAAGGCGAGCUGGCAUCCCCUCGCCAUCUGGCCGUGGAUUGGCCGAUUACAACCGUCUCCUGCGUCUCCCACCAUUUUUCUGGCAGGAGUGUCAGCCACUCUGCUGGGCUCUUGUGCCUGCUGCUGUGCGCCCAACCCGCUCUAUAGACGCACGCCGCCGCAGCGCAGCCCGUGCACCCUGCUUGCUGCCUUUUGCUGCUACCGCUCUCCUGUAAUGCUUAACAUCC